AUGCAUACAAAAGCCCACUUUGUGAUUGGAUCAACCAACAACAAAGAAGAGGAGUCAUCUACCGAGCUGAAGCCCCAGGAGGAUCCCCAAUACUAUUCGUCAAAAAGAAAGACGGAAAAAUGA